AUGGCUAACCCACCCCCAGUUCGUCCAUGGUUCCGCUUAGCCUCUAUUCGCUCUACCCCUGCCCCUGCCCCUGCCCCUGCCCAAGAGUCUCGCACUACUUUGGGUCUGCCCGCAUUUAGAACCGCUUCAGCACCAUCAUCACCACAGACUCAGCCAACUCAGGUUCAAGAACAUUCUCAACCUAACAGAUUCUCUUCUUCUUCUUCUUCUUCACUCCCAACUUCACUUGUCCACAAUGCCACACUUUCAACAUCUCCCCCAGAGAAGCACACCCGUGUGCCCGUGUCAAGUCCCACUCACUCUCCAAAAAUAAUAAAACAAUCUGACCCUAGCCCAAUGCACUCACCAAACAAUAACAGAACCACCGCAUCUCCACCCUCUCCCCUCACCCUCCCACCUUCCCAGUUGAUGGCCGAGCCCAAUAUACCCCAACAGCCCGAUCCCAAGACCGUGCUAGUCCAGAAAACCAUUGACAGGCCCAAGCCCUGGCUCACUGGCGCCACUGGAUCCCAUAAAAACCACGGAAAACACGUCACCGUCAAAGAGAGUGAAUCCAAGGAGAAGGGUAUUCACAGAAAGCUUUCGCAGUCUGAGGAGUCUGGUAUGAGAGUCAUAACCAUUGCAGGGGAAAACAGAGGAGCGUACAUGGAACUCAUCCAGUCCCCGAAGAAACACGAUCCAAAGUAUCUUCACAAGAAAGGAAAUUCCAACAUCAACGUGGACGGGGUUGAAUCCGCUGAAGAAGGGAAUGUGAACAAGAAUCAGAAAGGUAGAACUUCUUCUUCGUUUCCCAUGGCUGCGUACAUGAACAGCAAUGUGCAGUGUGUGAACAACUCGCUGCUGUACCACACUUCUUGCUCCCAUCACAACCCCGGUGUGCGCCUCUCUCUUUCCAAGAAACCAUUCGGGGAAGGUUUCCAUCUCAAGGAACACGCUGAUGGUCACAACACUUGA